CAGUGUCCUGGACCCUCAGCUGGGCAGUGCCACCAGAGCAACCACACAUCCUGUGUGUUCCAGGCCACACUCGAGAGCCAAAAGAGCUCCAUGGCGGUGGCAGCCAAGCCCGAGAACCUCUCCCUGGUGGUGCACGGACCAGGUGACUUGCGCCUGGAGAACUAUCCUAUCCCUGAACCAGGCCCAAAUGAGGUGUUGCUGAGGAUGCAUUCUGUUGGAAUCUGUGGCUCAGAUGUCCACUACUGGGAGGAUGGUCGAAUUGGGAAUUUUAUUGUGAAAAAGCCCAUGGUGCUGGGACAUGAAGCUUCAGGAACAGUCGAAAAAGUGGGAUCAUUGGUAAAGCACCUAAAACCAGGUGAUCGUGUUGCCAUCGAGCCUGGUGCUCCCCGAGAAAAUGAUGAAUUCUGCAAGAUUGGCCGAUACAAUCUGUCGCCUUCCAUCUUCUUCUGUGCCACACCCCCCGAUGACGGGAACCUCUGCCGGUUCUAUAAGCACAAUGCAGCCUUUUGUUACAAGCUUCCUGACAAUGUCACGUUUGAGGAAGGCGCCAUGAUUGAUCCACUUUCUGUGGGGAUCCAUGCCUGCAGGAGAGGUGGAGUUACCCUGGAACACAAGGUCCUUGUCUGUGGAGCUGGGGCAAUCGGGGUGGUCACUUUGCUCAUGGCCAAGGCAAUGGGAGCAGCUCAAGUAGUGGUGACUGAUCUGUCUGCUACCCGAUUGUCCAAAGCCAAGGAGAUUGGGGCUGAUUUAGUCCUCCAGAUCUCCAAGGAGAGCCCUCAGGAAAUUGCCAGGAAAGUAGAAGGUCUGCUGGGGUGCAAGCCGGAAGUCACCAUCGAGUGCACGGGGGCAGAGGCCUCCAUCCAGGCGGGCAUCUACGCCACUCGCUCUGGUGGGACCCUCGUGCUUGUGGGGGUGGGCUCUGAGAUGACCACCGUACCCCUACUGCAAGCAGUCCUCCGGGAGGUGGAUAUCAAAGGCGUGUUUCGAUACUGCAACACGUGGCCAGUGGUGAUUUCAAUGCUUGCGUCGAAGUCUGUGAACGUAAAACCCCUCGUCACCCAUAGGUUUCCUCUGGAGAAAGCUCUGGAGGCCUUUGAAACAUUUAAAAAGGGAUUGGGGUUGAAAAUCAUGCUCAAGUGUGACCCCAAUGACCAGAAUCCCUGAUGUUAAUUGGCUCUGCCCUCAUCCCCAUAGUCUCGGUAUCUCAGGGCACAAUGGCUGGACAUGGGUGGGCUUUGAUGCAGAACUUUCUUUUUUGAAUGUUAAGAAUAACUAAUACAAUUCAUUGUGAACAGAAGUCCUUACACAGAGGAAUUGGUGUGCCUUAAAGAUACAAUCUGGGAUAGUUUGGGGGAACUUGUAGCCAGAAUGGCCUGUUCAUGCUGAGCAAAGUUCAGCAAGUAGAGCGGAGUCUGGCAGGCAGGUGCCAGGAACUCCCCUUCUUCCUGGAGUGCCUUCACUGAGGAAGGAAAUCUGGCCCUUGGGUUUCCUGGUUCCACUGCUACUGACCCGGAGGGGAAUGACGGCUGAGUUAUGAAAAGAUAACUUCAUGAAGACUUAACUGGCCCAGAAGCUGAUUUUCAUGAAAAUCUGCCACUCGGGGUCUGGGAUGAAGGCUUGUCAGCACUUUCAGUUUAGAACUCAAUGUUUCUAGACACAUAUUGGCUGUUUGGUUUGAUGAUAAAAGGAGAAUAAGAAAAGGUAUCACUUUCCUGGAUCCAGGAUAAUUUUAAAACCAAUCAAAUGAAAAAAACAAACAAACAAAAAAGGAAAUGUCAUGUGAGGUUAAACCAGCUUGCAUUCCCCUAAUGUGGAAAAAGUAAGAGGACUUCUCAGCACUGUUUGAAGAUUGCCUCUUCUUCAGCUCCUGAGAAUUGUGUUAUUUCACUUGCCAAGUGAAG